AUGUGGAAACUUGUACAAAAUUACUCCUGUUUCAAUAAUAUUUUAAGGCAUUCCUUAUGUAAAAAUCCAUAUAAUCAACGUUUAUUUAAUUUAAAUUCGUACAAAUAUAAUCUGUUUCGAAAUGCAAAACCCCAAAAUACCAAUAAAACUAAAGUUAAUUUGACAUUUCCAAAACUUACAACUAUUGCUUUAACGCUGAGUGGUGGAAGUAUUAUACAGAUAGUAUUAAAUAAAAGUAAUGUUUAUUGUGAUGCCAAGAAAACUAGACUAGCUACUUAUCGACAUGGAUCAGACAAAAACCUAAAAUUUGAUUGGAAACGAUUCUGGGCUUACUUACAACCACAUAUGUGGUAUUUUGUAGCAGCAAUUAUUGGGGCCUUAGCAGUGGCUAUUUUAAAUAUACAAAUACCACAAAUUAUGGGAGGGGUAAUAAAUGUGAUAGCCAGGUUUAGCGAGACAAAAGAUAGCCAGAUGUUUAUAUCAGAGAUGAAGUUGCCUGCUAUUAAAAUUGUUUCAAUGUAUGUUGCACAGAGUAUCUGUACAUUCUUUUAUAUUUAUAUGAUGUCUAAUUUGGGUGAAAAAAUUGCAUAUAAUAUGAAAACUGAUUUGUUUAGCUCUAUUCUAAAGCAAGAUAUUGCGUUUUUUGAUAGGCAGAGGACUGGGGAAAUAAUAAAUAGGUUAACGGCUGAUAUUCAAGAUUUUAAAAGUAGUUUUAAACAGACCAUAUCAGGUGGUCUUAGAGCAGCCACCCAAAUUAUAGGAUGUUCAGUAUCAUUAAUAAUGAUUUCUCCUCAUAUGACUUUCAUAACACUACUUUGCAUCCCAUCAGUUAUUGCAGUUGGAACUAUUUUUGGUGCUCUACUACGAUCCACUUCCAGAAAGGCGCAGGCUCAAGUUGAGAAAACUACUGCUGUUGCUGAUGAGGCUGUGGGCAAUAUAAGAACUGUAAGGGCGUUUGCUAUGGAAGAUCAAGAAAUCGAGUUGUUUAAUAAUGAAGCUGAAUUAGCUAUGGAUUUAAAUCAGGAUUUGGGUUUUGGUAUUGGUGUAUUUCAGGCGGGAACUAAUAUGUUCUUAAACAGUAUGGUUUUAUCGACUCUCUACAUGGGCGGAUAUUUAUUAUCCACCAAUAAAUUAUCGGCAGGAGAAGUAAUGUCUUACCUAAUGGCCUCGCAAACAAUUCAAAGAUCAUUGGCACAGAUCUCCUUAUUGUUUGGAUCAGUUGUCAGGGGACUUGCAUCAGGUUCAAGGGUUUUUGAGUAUAUUAAUUUAAAGCCAAGUAUGUCAUUGAAAGGUGGCAAAAUUAUACCAGAUGGAGCCUUAAAAGGCGAUAUUCAAUUUAAAAAUGUCACGUUUGCAUACCCAACAAGGCCUCAACAAGUAAUCUUAGAAAAUUUCAAUCUUACUGUGCCUUCUGGAAAAACUGUAGCAAUUGUUGGAGCUUCUGGAAAUGGAAAAUCAACUGUUGUAGCUUUAAUUGAGAGAUUUUAUGAUAUACAAGCUGGUUCCAUAACUAUUGACGGUGAGGACAUUAAAACUUUGGAUCCGUCUUGGCUUAGAAACCGAGCAUUAGGCUUAAUAAGUCAAGAACCAAUAUUAUUUGGAACAUCCAUCAUUGAAAAUAUUAGAUAUGGCAGACCAAAUGCAACUGACGAAGAAGUUAUGCAAGCUGCUGAGUUGGCCAAUGCUCACGAAUUUAUUUCAAACUUCCCCAAAGGUUAUGACACUCUUGUUGGUGAAAGGGGAGCCACAUUAUCAGGGGGUCAAAAACAAAGAAUUGCCAUAGCUAGGGCGCUUUUGAAAGAUCCCUCUAUUUUAUUAUUGGAUGAAGCAACAAGUGCUUUAGAUACAGAGUCAGAAAAAAUAGUACAAAAAGCAUUGGAAAAGGCAAGAAAAGGAAGGACGGUUAUUGUUAUUGCUCAUAGAUUAUCAACUAUUCAAAAUGCUGACUUAAUUGUGGUCUUAAACAGAGGAAAAAUUGUGGAGAUGGGAACACAUGAUCAAUUAAAAGGACUUAAAGGAUUUUAUUGGUCCUUAACAUAUCAACAACAGCAAGCCCCUCAAGGAGGAUAA